CAAAAUAACCGGUUGCUACCUGGCUCCGGUUCCACUCCAGAACCCGUUUUGUGGACCUAUCAUUACUGCGGUAGGUAUGCGGCCCAGACAACAAACGUCGUCGUAUAAUAUAGAAUCUUCUAGACUCUCAUCGGAAUAUCCAUAUACCUGCAAAUCUUCAGCAAUGGCGAAAGAUCCAGUUCGUGUUCUUGUCACCGGUGCCGCAGGUCAAAUCGGAUAUGCUCUUGUACCCAUGAUUGCUAGAGGAAUCAUGUUGGGUUCUGACCAGCCAGUGAUCUUGCACAUGCUCGAUAUUCCACCAGCUGCAGAGGCGUUGAAUGGAGUUAAAAUGGAGUUGGUGGAUGCUGCAUUCCCUCUCCUUAAAGGUGUUGUUGCCACUACCGAUGUUGAGGAGGCAUGCAAGGGUGUGAAUGUAGCCGUCAUGGUGGGUGGGUUUCCCAGGAAAGAAGGAAUGGAAAGAAAAGACGUGAUGUCCAAAAACGUUUCAAUUUACAAGUCCCAAGCUUCCGCUCUCGAGAAACAUGCCGCUGCAAACUGCAAGGUUUUGGUUGUUGCUAAUCCUGCAAAUACCAAUGCUUUGAUCUUAAAGGAAUACGCACCAUCCAUCCCUGCGAAAAACAUUACUUGUUUAACAAGGCUAGACCAUAACAGGGCUCUUGGACAAAUCUCAGAGAAACUGAACGUUCAAGUAUCAGAUGUCAAAAACGUAAUUAUCUGGGGUAACCACUCAUCAACUCAGUAUCCUGAUGUCACGCAUGCAACCGUUACCACACCAGCUGGCGAGAAGUCUGUCCCAGAGCUUGUAAAGGACGACGAAUGGUUGAAAUCUGGAUUCAUUAGCACUGUUCAACAACGUGGUGCGGCAAUCAUCAAGGCUAGGAAGCUCUCUAGUGCACUCUCAGCUGCAAGUUCUGCUUGUGACCAUAUUCGCGAUUGGGUCUGUGGAACUCCAGAGGGAACUUGGGUUUCUAUGGGUGUGUAUUCCGAUGGCUCAUACAACGUUCCAGCGGGGCUUAUCUACUCGUUCCCAGUCACUUGCCGCAAUGGAGAAUGGACAAUAGUUCAAGGUCUUUCCAUCGAUGAGUUCUCAAGGAAGAAGCUAGACUUGACAGCUGAAGAGCUAACCGAGGAAAAGGCUCUUGCGUACUCUUGUCUCUCAUAAAUCGUACCUUAACUCUACACCAAAGCAGCUAGAACCCCCCCCCCCCCCCCAAUAACACCAUGGUUAGUUUCUUGUGUGGUUGAUGAUGUCGAGUGAGAUUUUUUCGUCUUUUUGAAAAAUCGUUGUCACAUGCGGAGUUGUCAUUUUCGCAAUGCUUGAAUGAGAUUCUUGAGUUUGCUUUUUGGUAAACAUUUGAUUUUCCCUUGAUGUAAAAGAAAACCAGGACUGGUGAGUAGAACCGAGACAUAUUUAGCAAUGGGAAAAGAAUUACAUUCAGUGUUUUAAA